AUCCCGGCGUCAGCGACGACGACGACGACAUCCGACACGACGACGAAUUCUUGCUCUUUCCUCCCCGUCGCCGCGCGUGGCUCUCUCGUGGUGCUUCAGCGGCUCUCAACGUGGCUUGCAAACACCCCUAGUCGAAAUCAAGUCGAACUUGUCGUAAUCCGCGGGUAUGGCCCAACGGCAGCGCGUACAUUCUAGAGUUACUUCCGUACCAGACGCCGCCCACCUCCUCCGCAAGAACCUCAAAACGCGACGCGCUAUCGGCUCGCGUAGACGCGUCACUUACGCCAACCCUUAUAUCUCCCCCAGUUCCAGCUCUCACGGCCGUGGCCCGUCCAGCUCCCCUCCCCAAUCUCCACGCCAGGUGUUGGUCCCAGUACAGUUCAAUCUGCGCAGGCUGCCUUCGCGCUCGUUUGGCGAGAAGGAUAGGAUGCGCCAUGAGGUGGAGACUUACCACCGUAGCCUUACUGGCACGAAGCGGAAACGCAUCGUGAGCGGUGCAGAGAACACAGCCAGUGUACGCGGUUCGCGCGGAAGUAGGGUUAAACGGCGCAAGGCUACGCACAACUCAAGUGACGAUGAGAUCACCAGCGGUAUGGACGUAGACGAUCAGUCUCGUUGGGAAGCUUCGGACAAUUCCGAAGACGAACAGGACCUGGAUUCAUCCGAUAAUUUCCUUAUCGACGACGCCCACCCCAGGCAACUCUUGCGUCUGCGCAAGGACGAGCUUGUUCGUCUUUACGUCGCCGCCGGGCUCUCCGAAGACGCGGAACUUCUGACGAAGCCCGAAAUUGUCGACUGCAUCGUUGCCGCCCGUGAUGACGUUGCGGAGCUACCUCCUUCGUCUCCCCCGACAGCCAUCGACAGUGGCUCCAGUGAUUAUUCUUCCGAUGGUGGGAGCGUUGCCGGAGGGGAGGAAACGGACUUCACAGGUCGGGCACGAAACGGAUUGAGGAGGCGAGCGACUAUGGCGGACCUGAGCCAUGGCUCGCGCCCACGUCCCUCAGAUAGAUGCCUAUCACUAGGCCAAAUUGAUCCUGAUGCCUAUGCUGCGAAGCGUGCCAAAUAUAACGGCAUCGUUGGAACCGUACGCGCUGGAGGGCCUUCGACACGGCGGCGAGGAAUGAGCAAUGCGAGCUCCCUUCGGUCUUCUCCCACUUCGUCAGCUGCUGCGUCUCUUCCAUCACCUCCUGCUACACGACUGCGAUCCCGCAAGUCGUCCCACGAGGAGAAGUCGUCUACGCCUUCAUCAAGCCAUAGCAAGGGCCGCGGCAAAGGCAAGCAAGUCGAAUUUAGCGAGAGUGUCCAAAUCAGCGAGGCGAAAGACCCUCAACCCUUUGAUGAUGAAAGUGAUUUGACCGACUUGACGGAAAUUGAGGAGUCAAUCGCUGCUACGUCACCCAGUCCACGGCGCUUACGGAGCAAGGGCGAGAAGCCACGAGUGGUGAGCCGCAAGGGCAAGGAGAAGGCGCAUGAUGGUGCCCUCGACUCAGGUAAACGGGUCACGCCUAUGCGGAAGGCGAAGAAAAACGUUGGUUCCUUGGCCGAGGAAGAUGAUGACGAGGCAGAGGACGAUGAAGACCAGCUAGAGAGCGAUGCAGAGCAGGAGGAAGAGGAAGACCAACUAGCGUCGCCGUCACCACUGCGAACUCCUGUCAAACGACGCCUACGCCCACGACGGAUUCAGACGCAUACGCCGCCUAGUGAUGGCGAUGAUGAGCAAAGUGCGGAUGAGGACGUAGAGGAGAGCAUUGAUGGUGAGGAGUCGAGUGAGGACGACGAUGCCACCAUCGCCGGGGAUGAGUCGGUGGAGGAGGAGCCCAUUGUCGAGCCACGGGUACUGAGGAGCGGCAAGGUGGUUGCCGAGGAAGACGAGGAGUCUCUCGGUGAUGAGGAUGAGGACGACGAGGAUGAUGAAGAAGACGACGAUUACCGUGACUCCGCUGCUGAGGAGGUCGUCAUCGACGCUGAUGGUGAGGCUGAGGGAGGCGAGGAGAUCGAGGAGUCGAUGGAUGACGAUAUCGAUCUCACUAUUGCAACGACAAAGACACUCGUUCGUCUUCGCCGAGGUGACCUCGUGCGGUUAUGCGAGACUCGCGACAUCGAAGCGUCUGGCACCAAGCCACAGCUCGCUGAGGCGCUUCUACAAUGGCGGGACAAGCACUGUAGCUCGCCAUCAUCGACGGGUACCGUAAGACCUCCCUCCACCAUGAAACCUCGCGUGAAUGGCAAGCGGAAAAGCGGAAGCAAGAGCAAUAGCCCGCCUGUCCUUGACCGCUCAGAUCGAGUCCACCUCGACGAGCCUCGGACGCCACCAGUGUCCGGGCGGACAAAGGCCACUGAGCCUGAGUUGGAGCUCGAUCUAGAGAGCUUGGGGCUGGAGGACAGGGAGAUUCCACCAGACAAGUUGACGAAGCUCGAGAAGAUCGGUAGCGGCGGCUUCAAGGACGUCUUUAUUGGUAAAUUCAAGGGUCGCAAGGUCGCGAUUGCUGAGUUCCGUGGCCAGCUAAGCGAGAUGGACAUUAAGGAGCUGAAGCUGCUGGGUGAUUUCGACCACCCGAACAUCGUCAAAUUCCUCGGUGUGAGCAUUCCGGAGAAUACGAAGGAGACUCCUGUCAUGAUAGUUAGCGAGCUUUGCUCUAACGGCGACCUAUUCGACUACGUCCGCAACGUCAACCCUCCUUCAUUGUAUAGAGUGUUGUCCAUCAUGCUGGACAUCGCUAGAGGACUAGAGUAUCUUCACACACGGAAACCGUCGGUCAUUCAUAGAGACUGCAAAUCGUCGAAUAUCCUUAUCACCUCAAGGGGCGUCGCCAAGAUCACAGACUUCGGGCUGGCUAAGGUCAAGCAAUCCACUCGGUCUAUGGUUCGCAGCUUGGUGGGGACGGUCAACUGGCAAGCCCCAGAGCUCUGGCACCCGCAUCCGAAGUACAACCACAAGGUUGACGUCUUCUCAUGCGCGAUGGUCUUCUGGGAAAUGCUCCAAUGGCAUGUACCGAACAAGAAAUUCCCGUGGGAGGGUAUGAACGAACAUGCUAUCUAUGAUAUCGUAGGUCAUAAGCGUCAAAGGCCUUCCAUUAGCGGGCUGCGAAAGCACUGGUGUCCCGAGAUCGUUGAUCUUAUGGAGCGGAUGUGGGCUCACGAGCCCAAUGAGCGUCCGACGAUGGCGGAAGUCGUUGAGGAGCUGGAAGAUCUCGUUCGCAAGUAUCGCUAGCGCCUCUGCAUCUUGCUGCUAUCAUCUGUUGGACUGGGUCUC